AUGAUGAAGUCCAUGCUUCUGAGGACAGGCAUCCUGGCGGCAUUGGCGCUGGUGGCAGGAGCAGAGUCAAUAUUCGACACAAAUGCGACGGCGGUUGCACAGUGGCUUGGUGCAGUACCACAAUGCUCGAUGCCAUGCUUCGCUGAGGUUCUCUCAUCCGGGAGCUGUCAGCUCAAGGGGCUUGCGAAAUGCGCCUGCACGAACGAUGACAUUCAACUAAGAGUCUCAACAUGCGUGCAGCUGUCCUGUGACUUUGCCGAUCAAGUCGAUGCCACACGAAAAUCCCAAGUCUUGUGCCACGACUACCCGAAUCAACAACGGAAGGGAAGCUAUGCUAUAUUCGCCAUCACCCUACCAGUCAUCACGACUUUCAUCGUGUUUCUGAGAUGCUUCGCCCGCUGGACUGUUGCUCGCAAGCUGUGGUGGGAUGACUACGUUACACUACUCGCCUUGGGUUUGCUCAUUGUUCUAUCGGCAUGUGGCGUAGCGAUUUGUUCCUUGGGAUUCGGGAAGCAUUACUGGGUCAUUGACCCUAGCAAUGCCAAGCCAAUUUUACAGAUGUUCUACGCGAUGCAAAUCAUAUAUGUUCUUGUAACGAUUACUGCAAAGAUCACCAUCUGUUGUUUCUACCACCGAGUCUUCCCCAGUAAGCGAUCACAGAUAGCUGCAAAGGCUGCCAUUGUGGUGCUCAUUAUUCGUGGGCUUGUCGUGGUCUUCUUGAUCGCUUUCCAAUGUGUCCCGCUUACCGCAAUCUGGGAUAAGUCGGCCAAGGGGCAAUGUCUUAACCUCACGGCCAUCGGUUACGCCGGCGCCAUCUCUGGCAUUGUUGAGGAUGUGGCACUUCUUAUCAUGCCCAUCCCCGAGCUUCUGCACCUGCAGCUGGGGCUCAAGAAGAAGCUCGGCCUGAUCUUCAUGUUCUGCCUUGGCUCGUUCGGAUGCAUUGCCAGCGUGGUUCGACUCAAGUACUUAGUGUCCUUUGCGAACAGCUUUGACCCGACAUGGGACAACGCUGAUGUUGUCAGUUGGAGUGGCGUCGAGGUGAAUGUAGCCGUGGUUUGCGGUAGCUUGGCGGCAUUACGAGCCCUAUUCAAUUAUCUCGUACCUUACUUUACUACUGUAAAGGAGGAGACUAGUGAAAGCAUGUACUCCUUACGGGAGGAAAGGAAAGAAGGAGCAAUUCCAGUUUAA